UUUGAAUUCCAUAGAAUAUAAAUGUUGCGAAUCGCGCGUAGAGUGCAAUAUUUAUAAAUGUAUUGUGAAUUGCGAUUUUUAGAUUCGUUGAUUUUUGUAGACAAUUACAUGAAUGAAUGAAUACCCUGGUAUGGUAUUAUGUUGUCUAACAGCACUUAGCUUUUGCUUUCGACGACACAGUUUGCGUUAGUCAUUUGUUUGUGCUCAGUUAUUAUAGUGGCAUAUGUAUUAACUGAAAUUAUUAAUGUCGUAUGAAAUACUACAGCCAAAAUGCAUUUACUACUGUAGAAAAACCUCGUUUGGAUUUUCAAUUCAAAAUAAAGGAAGUUGGAAUCUCUAAUAUUUUUUUUAAUUAUUUCAUAAAUGUCUAAAUCUUAUGUUAUCUUCUCUGUUAAAAUAAUUUAAAAUGUUUUGCUGGCCAUAUUUGAAAAGAAAUUUAAUUUUUCGUAUUAUAUUUUUACUACUUAUUUCUUUGGUUAUUGUGUACAAUUUGAAUUUUCUUAGUAAUAUUGACCAUUUCUUAAAUUCAUCACAGAAACAUUUAAUUUCUUGUUACUUUGAAGAAAAGAAAGAUAAUUCUUUACCUGAAUUAAAUCCUAAUGAAGUAACAAAGAAUAGUAUAUUCUUUAUUGAAACAUCAUGUAACCAUAAAAAUGGAAUUAAUUUAAAUCUGAGACAAGGCUGUGCUAUAGAAUCUGCAGCAAAUUUAAAUCCUAAUUUAAAUAUAUUUGUUUUAUUUGUUGCUCCUAGUUUCAUAAGCAAUGAAUCUGAUAUUGUUAAUAGAUUUAAAAUGUAUUCAAAUGUUAAUCUAAGAUACAUAAAUUUUGUAAAAUAUUCCCUUAAUAGUCCAUUACAAGAAUUUGUGAGCUCAAACACCAUAUCCACAAGUCAAUGGCCAGUUUCUCAUGCAAGUGAUUUAUUGAGAUUCUUAACAUUGUGGAAAUUUGGAGGGACCUAUUUGGAUCUAGAUGUAGUUCUAAUGAAAUCUUUGGAGGGCUUAUCAAAUUUUGCAAGUAUUGAAUCAAACACAUCAGUUGCUUCACUUGUAUUGAAUUUUGAUGUUGAUAAAAUUGGAAGAAAAGUUUCAAAUACUUCAAUCAAUGAUUUCGCUUCUAAUUAUUGUGCUGAUAAUUGGGGGUAUAAUGGCCCUGGUGUUAUAACCAGAACACUUAAAAAAAUCUGUGGUACAAAUCUGGUAACUGAUAUGAAUAAACAAAAAUGUAAUGGAUUUAUGGUGUUUGGGACAGAAGCAUUUUGUCCAAUUAGUUGGACUGAUUGGCAGCUGUAUUUCAAUACAAACACAAGUGAUAAAGUAAUGAUUAAACUUAAAGACAGUAUAGGUAUUCAUGUAUGGAAUUUACAUAGUAAACACACGCCUAUUAACAUAGGUUCAAAACAGCCAUAUGGUUUAGUUGCAAAAAAAUAUUGUCCUAUCAUUUUUUCCAUGGCAAAGUCUAUAUUUUAAUUCGUUUUAAGCACCGAUUGAACAAAAAAUAACCCAGAAUUGUACAAUUUUUUUUAUGACAAAUUCUGUAUUUUUGGCAGCAAUUGAACAAAAUGAAACCCAGAUCUAAUUCUUUUGCUUAAAAAAGUCUAUAUGUUAACUAAAUGAACAAAAAUGAAUCCAGAAUCUCUAAAUUUUAAUUUUAUACUAUAAUCCGUCCGCCGACUGAACGCUACUGAGCGACGAAUAAAACUGGUCCAUUUUCGCGCAUAACCACCACUGAACCUCCCAAAAAACUAGCCGCUGCUACUGUUGCAAUGAGUAAGGGAAUCUAUAGCAAUGAGCAGGUAACUAGGGUGGGAGAAAUUUGGAUAGGCGAAAAAGUAGCUUUCUCUCGGCGACCGGAUUAAAGGCCAUUGACUUAAACAACCAAAGUUUGCAACUUAUGAACUUGGUUAUUUGUGAUGCUGUUAUAGUUAUCUAUAUAAAUUGAAUGUAAUGUCUUAAUUCGGUAAAUAAAAAUAUAUUUUUUUUA